AGCAAAGUUUCGCUUGAAUUGCUAGGAAAACAUCAUCAACGACAAUUUCCCACAAUUAGAUGGUAAUGAGGGCACAUAAUGACGUCCCAUCCAUAGGAAGUUGUCUAAUUCGUAGGACCAUGAGACUUAAUCAUUAAAGAUCUUGUGUUACGCACUAUCGCGGGCACACGUACAGACGGACACGCGUUGCACUGCUGGACCGAGAGAUUUGUACGCGAUUAUUCUAGUGCGGAUGUUGGUUAUAGUGACUUAAGUGAGUAAAAUCUUCGCAAUGAGGCAGACCCAGGCAAAGGCCGUGGCCGGAGUGACGUGCGAGGUUCUUAAACAGACCAAGAUGGCCAAGGCAGAGAAGAAAAAUGCCGAGAAGAAUCACAAUGACAAGAUCAAAGAGGCGGAAUCCAAAGUCAACAUAGACUCCAUGACAUGGAAGGAGAGGUACAACUUCCUUAUGGAAAACAUCACCGUGGAACCAAUGCUGGCCUGCUACAUUAUACCCAGCGUCCUUGCUAGCUUAGCCACUCAGAACCUGAACCUAGAAAAAGCUUGUAGAGUCAACCUCGGUUAUUCCCGGGAAGUAUGCGACGCCCUGACUGAAAGAAGGACGGAAAACUACACCAUGGAGGAAAGGGAGGUCCAGCAACUCGUCGCUUCCAUGGGCGUGUGGAAGACCAUGCUCCAAAGCGCCCUUCCUGCCUUCCUCAUCAUGUUCGUCGGCUCCUGGAGCGACAGGUGGGGCAAGAGGAAACCCUGCAUGCUUCUACCCAUCGUGGGAGAGUUCAUGACGGUGGUUGGGCUGAUGAUAUGUACUUUCUUCUUCUACGAGCUGCCCAUGGAGGUGGCUGGUUUCGUGGAGGGCUUCUUCCCCGCCAUCACAGGAGGCUGGUUCACUAUGUUCAUGGGCGUCUUCAGCUAUAUAGCUGACGUGACCACGGUGGAUAUGCGGACAUUGCGGAUAGGUAUAGUGAACGUGUUCUGUUCGCUGGGGAUUCCCGUGGGACUGGCGCUCAGUGGCGUCCUGUAUAAAAAAAUCGGGUUUUACGGGGUGUUCUCGAUCUCAGCGGUUAUGUACGUUAUGGCGCUGUAUUACGGAUACAAGAAGGUUAAAGAGCCGAAGAAGAUUGACGUGCCGACGUUGCCCGAUCAGUCCUGUGCCUUCCUAAGAGACUUUUUUGAUAUGAAACACCUCAUAGACACUUUUAAAGUAGCAUUUAAGGAGGGCGAGAACAACAGGAAAUUGAAAGUUAUGUCGUUGAUGCUGGUGGUGAUGGUUGUUAUUGGACCAAUGCACGGUGAGAUGAAUGUGGCGUAUUUAUUUACAAGAUAUCGAUUCAACUGGGAUGAAGUCGACUUCAGUAUAUUUUCCACAUACAGCAUGGUAACCAACUUAAUAGGAACUUCGGUGUCAGUAGGAGUCUUCAGCCACAUUUUAAAAAUUGACGAUGCCAUUAUUGGAAUAUAUUCAUCGAUGAGCAAAAUUUUAUCAAGUUUUGUCUAUGGGUUUGCUAAAACGUCUUUAGUUUUUUAUUUGGGUGCCAUCGUUGAAAUAUUAAACGGAACUUCCUUCAUAGCUAUGAGAUCGAUCGCUUCAAAACUUGUACCUACAGACGAACUUGGGAAGGUAAACUCACUCUUUGGAGCUUGCGAGGCACUGAUGCCUCUCGUUUAUGGACCUAUGUACAGCGCCACGUACGCUGCUACAAUUAACGCCAUGCCAGGAGCUUUUUACAUUCUCGGCGGAAUACUUACCGUGCCUGCAGUUUUAAUAUUUGGGUGGAUGUACGUCCAACACAAGAAAGACGCACAGUCCCUUGAAGCCAAGAAAGACUUAGAAAGUGGCGUUAAACCAGAAGAGAAUUCCGUUAUCACUGAUGUUAUCUUAUCGACAACGCCCAAGGAGGCGCGGAUAGGAUCACCAAUCAUGAACGGAAUCAGGAACAGAAGCAUCGAGAACGGCAUAGUGAAGGAGGAGAAUGACAAGAAUAAAAACGUGAGCGAUAAAAAUUCGGAGAAUGGAGUAGCAAAUCCUGCGUUCGAGAUGGAAAAAUGAAUAAGUGACUCCUAUGGUGUCAGAUUUAAUGUGAUAGUAUCUAUAAGGAAAUCAAUGUUAAUAUAAACUUAGGUUAUGUAGAUCAUUUGAACUGCUGUCGGAUGCAAAGGUAUUGACCCAUCAUUUUGACUGGAUUUAACUCAAAAACUGAGGAAUAAAAACACGCAUGACUGCAAUUUUUUCAAAUUUUUUCAUUUCUCAUAAUCAAAGUGAAGGUUCAUACCUUCCGAUAAGCCUUCCGAUGGUGACAAACAAGAUACACAGAAGAAAAUAUUAUCUUGAGACAACCACACUUAUUUGCUGUUGAUGGGCAUACCAUAAUCUUAAAUUAAGUAAAUUCUUUUCCUCCAAGGAGACAUUUAUUUAAGAAAUUUUAAUUAAUUCAAUUAUAAUAUGCAGGUAAAUAGAAGUGUUCUUGAUUUGAGAUAAUAUUACUUUUUGAAAGCACCUAGUAAAAUAGGAACGCUACGAAAUGUGAUCCCAAAUAGAUAUAGGUCAUUUGUCUUACAUUGAAAUAUUUAUUACAAUGUAUUCUUUACAGUACAUUCUAUAUUUAUGUUUGUACUUUAUAACUGUGGUACAAAUAGUAUUACAAUCACAUUGAUCACUUAGCUUAAUUAUAAAUAAUAACAAUUUUUUAAAUAUAGACAGUGUCACAGCGGUUCUGCUGCUUUGCAAUCUAUAGAAUUAAGACUUGAUAGGAUUUAACUAAAAUUUUCCGCAUCCUUAGGUAUUUUUUGGAUUACUACUUACUAACAGAGAGAGCUAUUAUAUAGCUUACUAAGUGACAUUGAAAGCUAUCAGAGUGCAAAUAGCAAUAUCAUUGAAUGUAAAAAUUGUAUCAUAUUAAUAAUGUAAAUAAUUCCUUUGUAUUUAAUAACUGUGUUGCAAAAAUAUCAUCAUAAAAUUAACAUAUUAAAUAUAUUUUUGUUAAAGAUAUAGCUUAAUUAUUAAACAUUUUAUAGAUGUAUGUAUAGUUUAUACUUCAGUUGUACAUAAGUCGUUAUUUUUAUUUGAAUAAAAUCUUU